UCCUUUGAUCAAAGAGAGGAAGGGGGGAUUUGACUUAAUCGUCAAAUCGGAAAAAUUAUCAUUUUUCUGGCCGAAUAACCCCAUUUCCCGGAGAAUCAGGCCAAUUUCCGGCCAUACAUGGCGGUUUCAAGCUGUUCGAUACUUGGUGGUUGCCCUAGGAUUUUCCCGUCCUUUGAGUGCAGGUCAGAUCCUGAUUUUACCGGUCAUUUUCAGUCGGAAAAGCAGAAAACCAGAGGGUUUUCCGGGCAAAUCCAUGGAUUUUCAGGCCAAUCUCUGAUUCUCCGGUUCCCCCCUAACUUUGUCCGGCAAUUGAGCAUCAAAGCUCGCCGGAACUGCAGCAAUAUUGGGGUGGCUCAGGUGGUCGCUGCUUCAUGGUCUAAUGGCCCCAUUGCGAGUGAGGAGAAGGCUAUUGGUGUUGUAGCUCCUGUCAUUGAUUCUUCUUGUAACAACAACAACACCGAGGUUGUACAGUCAGAGUUUACCGAUUCAAAUGAUUCGUUUUUGAGCUCCGAUGGGAGCCUUGCAGUUCAUGCCGGUGAAAGAAUAGGACGUGGAAUAGUUACUGAUGCAAUCACCACUCCAGUUGUCAAUACUUCUGCCUACUUGUUCAAAACUACUGCACAGUUAAUUGAUUUCAAGGAGGGAAGGUUUGCAAGUUUUGAGUAUGGUCGCUAUGGAAACCCUACAACAAAGGUUUUGGAAGAGAAGAUUAGUGCACUUGAGGAAGCUGAGUCCACGGUUUUGAUGGCAUCGGGUAUGUGUGCCUGCACGGUAAUGCUGAUGGCAUUGGUACCUGCAGGAGGGCAUAUUGUUACGACCACAGAUUGCUACAGAAGGACUAGGAUAUUCAUCCAAACAAUUCUUCCAAAAAUGGGAAUCACGGCCACUAUCCUUGAUCCUGCUGAUAUGGAUGGGCUGAAAUCUGCUUUGGAGAAGCAUAAAGUAUCCCUCUAUUUCACUGAAUCUCCGACCAAUCCAUUCCUUCGUUGUGUUGAUAUUGAGUUGGUUUCAAAGCUAUGCCAUAGCAAAGGGGCAGUGGUCUGCAUUGAUGGCACUUUCGCCACACCUGUCAACCAGAAGGCACUACCCCUUGGUGCAGAUCUUGUAGUGCACUCUGCUACCAAGUACAUUGCUGGUCAUAAUGAUGUAAUUGCAGGGUGCAUUAGUGGUUCAAAAAAGCUGGUUGAAACUGUGAGGGCUUUGCAUCACGUCUUGGGUGGCGUUUUGAAUCCGAACGCUGCAUAUAUGAUCAUUCGCGGCAUGAAGACACUGCAUCUUCGUGUACAGCAACAUAAUUUAACAGCAAUGAGGAUGGCCCGGCUUUUAGAGGCGCAUCCCAAGAUUACUCGUGUCUAUUACCCAGGCUUGCCAAGUCAUCCAGAGCAUCACAUCGCUAGCCGACAAAUGACCGGCUUUGGGGGUGUGGUCAGUUUUGAGGUAGCUGGAGACUUGAAUACCACCGCAAAAUUCGUCGACGCACUAAAGAUACCCUACAUUGCCCCUUCCUUUGGAGGCUGUGAAAGCAUCAUUGACCAGCCUGCCAUCAUGUCCUACUGGGAUUUGAGCCCUGUUGAGAGAGCGCAGUAUGGGAUCAAAGACAACCUGGUCCGCUUCAGCUUGGGAAUUGAAGACUUUGAGGACUUGAGGAUGGAUGUACUCCAAGCACUUGACUCUAUUUGAGUUCUUGGUGUGUCCUUUGGGACGAAAUUAUGAAGGGACAUGUUGUUUCUGUUGUCUUUGUGUGUUUAUGAAUUUCACGCUAACUUGGUGGUGGUUUUUAGCUUGUUUUUUGACGUACUUGUGGCUUUCUUCAGGAAUCCAAAAAUGCAUUGUGUUGUCAUGAGAAAAUAUGGUUUUAAUAUGCAUUCUUUUUGCAACAAAGUUUUGCUUUCGUA